CCUUUCUGAGCCCCGGCGGUGCGCGCUACGGAGCUCGGCCAGCCUGCUCCGUCCUGACUCACCGCUGUUCGCUCCUGCUGAGGAACAAGUCGGUCAGGAAGCCGCGCCUCAGCCAUGGCAUUUAAAGAUACCGGAAAGACGCCCGUGGAGCCCGAAGUGGCGAUUCACCGAAUUCGAAUCACGCUCACCAGCCGCAACGUGAAGUCGCUGGAGAAGGUUUGUGCGGACUUGAUCAGAGGCGCCAAGGAAAAGAAUCUGAAAGUGAAAGGACCGGUGCGCAUGCCUACCAAGACUUUGAGAAUCACUACCAGAAAAACACCUUGUGGUGAAGGUUCCAAGACCUGGGAUCGAUUCCAGAUGAGGAUCCACAAGCGACUCAUUGAUUUACAUAGUCCUUCUGAGAUUGUUAAGCAGAUUACUUCCAUCAGUAUUGAGCCGGGAGUUGAGGUUGAAGUCACCAUUGCAGAUGCCUAAGACAACUGAAUAAAUCGUCUUAAUGGUCAAAUUUUGCUGGCUUUUGUUCAGGUUUUUUUUUUUUAAUUCAUGUUUAUGAGUGUAAAUGUGUGUGUCACAGGGGUGUCAGAUGUUCUUUGAACCACCAUGUAGGUGCUGGAAACCCAACCUGCAUCCUCGGAGAGAACAGGUUCCUUAACCACUGAGCAAGUACUGAAGCAUUAAACUGCUUUUAAAAAUGAAGGUGUGCUAACAGAUUGGUCAGGUGAAAAAGAGACGUUAGGUUUCCUGCAGGGGGCGCUAAGCCAAUUUAAAGACUAAGUUGGGUUAGAAAAGAGCAGAUUGCAUCCUUGAUCUUUUAAGCCUGGGGAUUUUGUUUUGUUUUGGGAUAGGGUCCCAACACAGAACAGGCUGACCUCAUUAAAUAUCAAUCUUAUUUGAUUGCCUCUGCUCCCAGAGUACUGGAAUUAAAGGCAGGGACCACUGUAUUAGCCAUUCUGAGUUAUUUGAAAUGGACUCUGCAGGCCAUACUUGGUCAAAAUUCUGCCUUCUCAAUUACAGGCAUGAGCCACUAUGCCUGGUUUACUUACUAAUAGAUGUCCAAAGACUAGUGUAUGAAAAUUUUGCUUUUCCAGGUGAUUUGUGAAAGGCAGGGUGGCCUCUCCCAUGUCACACUACUUGGGUUACUCAUGUUGCAACAUAUCUGCAACUUUAGGUUGAGGGGAUUUGAGCCUGCAUGUGCCACUUUGGCCAACUGAACUAAUCUUUAAUUCCAUCUAAAACUUUUAAAUCUCAGUCAUGUGUUCAACUGGAAAAUAACCUAGAGUGUGCUAUGUUGACUUCAGGUACACAUCAAAGCAGGUUUUAGUGAUGUAGAAGCUGUGUUUGAGUUGAACUAGUGUUGAGGCUAGGCUUAGGUACCAUAGAACUUUGGUUUUUCAAGACAGGGUUUCUCUGUGUAGCCCUGGCUGUCCUGGAACUCACUGUAGACCAGGCUGGCCUUGAACUCAGAAAUCUGCCUGCCUGUGCCUCCCAACACACCCAGCUCUAGCUUUAAAUUCCUUGCACCAAGAGAUGCUUUAUCCCUCCGCUGAGAAUACAGGUGCAUGUCAGCAUGCUAAACUCUAGAUAAAAUUUCAUCUUGUUUGAAAGGACAAUAAUAUAAGAAAAGUGUAUUUGCACUGUAUACCAUGCCCUUUUGUGUUUAAAGUUAAACUGGCAACAGUGUCCCAUAGAGGUUCCAGAAGAAACUGCUUCUAAGGGGAGGACCAUAAAGGGAAAUGCUUACCAUAGAACUUUUUAAAUGUUCCUACAGGUUGUACUCUGGAUAGGUAUAUGAACACCUUUCUAUUAGAACAGUUUUAUAGUAGUACUUAGUGAAUAUGUAAAUAAUACUAUUUGUGAAAUAGUUUGAGGUUUCUCUAUAGUCCUGGCUGGCUUGAGCUCUAUACCAGAUUGGCUUCUAAAUCAGAAAUCUGCCUCUAUCUCCUGAAUGGUUAUGAUAGAGAUGCAAGUUACUUAAUUUCUUACAUGAAUUGCACUUUGUACAUGCUUUUGGAUAUGGGCCUAGGCUUUUGCUUUUGGAUUAGACUGUCUUUAUUACAUUUACUGGCUUGAUACUUUACAGUCUUAAGCCCACUUGCCUGGGUGUGAUGCACACCUUUAAUCCCAGCACUUUGGGAUUUCUGAGUUCCAGGACAGCCAGGGCUACGCAGAGAAACCCUGUCUUGGAGGGGAAAAAAAGAAACUUUGGAAAUCAAAACUUCUUGGAAAGCCACUUUUAGAGACUUGAAUCUAAGGAUAACUAACCAGGUAGUAACCACGAGUCAUUGAUUCUGUGAAUCUUGUAUGAGUGGGUUACAGGCAGAAAUUAACUUCCUCUGAGAGCACUGCUGUUUUAGAAAUGCGACCUAGUAAUUACCAAAGGCAUUGAAGCCACUUGACUACAGUCUCAGGUUUCUGCAUCUGACAUUGCUGGGACUGUGUGGGGUUUAUGGGUGUAAAAUAAAACAGGCGAAAGGAUGUUGAGUGGAAAGCUUUGGCUUCAGAAUCAAAUUCCAAAUCAAUUACCAGAUCAAAUCAAAUGCCAGAUCAAAUUACAAGACUUCCUUAUGACUAAAUUCUUCAGUGACUUAGGAUACUAAUAGUAUCUGCCUCAAAAGUGUAUGUGGUUAUUUUUGUCCCAGUGAAGCCAAGAUUCACAUGCUAUGGGCAUGGAUUUCCUGAGGACAUGCUAGCCUAUGGUAUGAGUUACUUGAAAGGACUCUGAGAAAUCUUAGUCCCCAGCUGUGAGGUUUUUAAAGAUCAUGCUCAAUGGAAAGUGGGGCAGUAAUUUGAGAGCAUGGCACAAAUGAGGUUUUAUCUUUUGAAACUAAGUGAAUCUAUGUCCUUGGACUAGCAUAUUUUAAAUCACACAUCAAAUGAAAUUUCUGUUCAAUUCCUAUAAACAGUUUAUUUCAUAUUUUGUAGUUACCAUUUUCAUUAACAGCAUACACCCUUCAAUUGUGUUGCUAAAACUGAGUCACAUUAUUCUGUAAGAACUUACUCCAGUAUCACAACUUGGUGCUCAUCCAAUAUUUUUAUUUUCAUUCUAUUUUCCCUGUCUAGCCACGUAUGGCCCUAUUCUCUCUUCUUGGAUUGACCCUAGCUUCAACACAAGAAAGCUUGCAGUAUUUUUUUUUUGCGCCUGGUUCAUUGUUUUGUCCUCAAGUUCUAUCCAUGUGUCCAGAAAUUCGAGGAUUUUUUAAAAUUUACUUUUCUGCCUAAAUACUGGUAUGUGGAUAGUCUGUUAUUUUUACUGUUGGUUGCAUAUCUGUAGCAUAUUUCUGUAUUUGCAAUGACUACAUUGAAUGUCCCUUAGUUAACCUCAUUCUUCUUAACUAUUUUGUAGGCGUUUGCUAUUCAAAGCACAAUCUCAAUUAAAAUGUUUUUAAUAGCAUCUUUCCACUUGGAUGUGUAAAGAAAGUAUUUCUAGAAGUCUGAAUUUUUGUUGCAUUGUAGAUGUGUACACAAUAGGGCUGGGAAAGUAGCUCACAGUGGGUAAAAGCCAUUUGUUGCCAAUCCUAACAGCCUGAGUUCAAUCCCAGAAUCUAUAAGGUAGAAGAAAAAAACCCCAGCUCCCACAAGUUAUCUGGCCCUCUGCACACAUAUAAAUAGUGCAAUAAAAAUUAACCAUUUAAAAAUAUAAA